AUGGAGCUGGAUAUAGUGGAGGAGGAAGUAGAGAUUGAGCUAGUGGGUCCAAUGGAUAUAGCGGAGCAGCAAGCCGCAACGCUAGCGGAGCAGCAAGCCGCAACGCUAGCGGAGCAGCAAGCCGCAACGCUAGCGGAGCAGCAAGCCGCAACGCUAGCAGAGCACCAAGCCGCAGCGGAGCACCAAGCCGCAGCGGAGCACCAAGCCGCAAAUGGAGCUGAUCCGAUGUCCCUAGCCUUGAAAGAUGGAGGGUAUUUAUUAUAUUUAGCCGAUGCUUUAGCCGACGUGAUUCAUGAUCAGGACCGAAAUGGAGCUGAUGUAAAUGAUUAUGUGAAUGACGACCAGAUAUUGUUUAAUCAAUGGAAUUGUCCGAAUGUGGAUCAUGAUGUGAAUAAGAUUACUCAGGAGAAGAAUGAUCAUGAUGCUGCUGAGAUUGAGGUGGACGUGAAGGAGGCAAGUGAUGAUUCGAAUGCUGAUGUGAAUAACUCCAACCAGGGUGUAGUGAAUGAUGAAGAUGCUGAGGAUAAGGAGGUGAAGGAGAAGAAAAAUGAGAAUAAUGAUGAUGAGGAGGCGCCGAAGAAUGAGGAGGAGGAGAAUUAUAAGGAGGUGAAGGAGAAGAAAAAUGAGAAUAAUGAUGAUGAGGAGGCGCCGAAGAAUGAGGAGGGGGAGAAUUAUGAGGAGGUGAGGCAGAAGAAAAAUGAGAAUAAUGAUGAUGAGGAGGCGCCGAAGAAUGUGGAGGGGGAGAAUUAUGAGGAGGUGAGGCAGAAGAAAAAUGAGAAUAAUGAUGAUGAGGAGGCGCCGAAGAAUGAGGCGCCGAAGAAUGACGAGGAAGAAGAGGUCCCGAAACAUGAGGUGGAUCAAGCUGCUGCAGGGCAGAAUGAAAAUGAGCGGAUCACUGAUGAAAAGAGUGCCGAUGAGGAGGCGCCGAAGAAUGACGAGGAAGAAGAGGUCCCGAAACAUGAGGUGGAUCAAGCUGCUGUAGGGCAGAAUGAAAAUGAGCAGAUCACUGAUGAAAAGAGUGCCGAUGUGUCGAAUGUAGGGAAGAAUGAAAACAAGAACAAGAGUACAAAAACAGAUGAAGAUGAUGCUGAUGUUGAUUUACCAGUCCUACAAUGUCAUGGCCGAUGGGCAAGCAUGAAAUCAUGCUACAUUGUAGUCGGGGAAAGAUCAUGGAUGGACGAUCAGGUAGAUAAUCAGCUCGACAACCCUACUGUCACCGGAGAAUGGUUGUUGUAUCAUGCGAUGACCAGCAAAUUCAAUGAGAAAAGAAGAAUGGCAAUGGAGCUAAUUGAAAACAGUCCUGCAAUAUGA